AUGUCGCUCAAGAUCGGCCUCCAACGGCUCGCUCUGCCCACCUUCGAGCGCCUUCCCCUUCGCUGCGCCUCAAUACCCACCCCGUUCAGGACAGCUACACGUCUACCUCGGACUUUCCCCCGCCUGCCCUCCCGUCCCCUCUCCCGCCCGCUCAGCACCGCCACCGCCUCGAUCCCCUUCCCUUCCCCCGCCUCAGCGUCCACGUCGAGCUCCUCAGCUACUGCCGUUCAGCCAGUAGUCAUCCCCCGAUCGCUGCCAAAUUGGCUCUUUGGCUGCUCGGCUCUCGUAUUCGGUAUCGUGGUCAUUGGUGGUCUAACCCGUUUGACUGAGUCCGGGCUGAGCAUCACCGAGUGGGAGCCAUUCACGGGGAUCUUGCCGCCGAUCUCGAAUGCCGAGUGGGAUGUCGAGUGGGAGAAGUACAGGGUCUCGCCAGAGGGUAUCAUGACCAAUUCCAAGAUCGAGAUGAGCGAGUUCAAGAAGAUCUUCUACAUGGAAUGGGCACAUCGGAUCGCGGGACGAGUACUGGGCGUUGCCUUCAUCGUACCCACCAUCUACUACUGCACACGGUACAAGCUUCCUCGCGCCCUGCCCUUCAAGCUCGCCGCGAUCGGCCUCGGAAUCGGCUUCCAGGGGGUCAUAGGGUGGUACAUGGUCAAGUCCGGCCUGGACCAGGAAAUCAUUGACACCAACUCUGUCCCCCGGGUUUCGCAAUACCGUCUCGCCGCCCACCUCGCUGCUGCCCUCACCCUAUACGUCGGCAUCGUCUCUACUGCCAUCGGUGUCCGGCGUGACAUGCUCGGCAAGACCUACAACGCUACGCCCGCCAUCAAUCGCUUCAGACGCCUGCCAUUCGUCGCGCUCGGUAUGGUCUUCUUUACGGCCGUCUCGGGAGCCUUUGUCGCUGGACUGGACGCCGGGUUGGUGUACAAUGAGUUUCCCACGAUGGGCGGUAGGCUCGUCCCGCCAACGGAUGAGCUGCUGGACAAGCGAUACUCCAAGAAAGAGGGGGAUACUUGGUGGCGCAACAUGCUGGAGAACCCCGUCACUGCCCAGUUUGACCAUCGCGUCUUUGCAAUGACCACAUUCGCUGUCCUUCUCUCGAUCCCCUUCCUCGCUCGCAGAGCCAACGUCAUGCGCAACACGCAACGCUGGGCAAAUGGCGUAGCCCUCGCAGCGGUCGGACAGGUCACGCUAGGCAUCACGACCCUGCUGUACCUCGUCCCAAUCCCUCUUGCGGCGUCCCAUCAAGCAGGGAGUGUCGUUCUGCUUACGACAUUACUAGGGCUACUGGGGACAUUGAGGAAGCCAGGGAGCGCUGCGCGUGCUAUCCGAGCGAUACAGACUAGAUGA